AUGUUUAAAUUGAUUGCUUUGAUAUUCGCUGCUUUCUUCGCCAUUGCUGCUGCUCGUCCUAGCCACUUCAGUUCUUCUCCUGUUGUAUACUCUUCCCACUAUGUACAACCCGCCGUGAGAGCUCACUACUCAGUCAAGACUGUUUCCUCUGUUGUUCAUGCUGCUCCCGUAGUACAUCACUCUAUUGCUACUCCUGUAGUUCAUGCUGCUCCCGUAGUACAUCACUCUAUUGCUACUCCUGUAGUUCAUGCUGCUCCCGUAGUACAUCACUCUUUUGCUACUCCUGUAGUCCAUGCUGCACCUUUAGUUCACUCAGCUCCUUUAGUUCAUUCUACUCAUUUAGUUAAAUCAGUUCCUUUAGUUCACUCAGCACCCCUAGUUCACUCUUCACACUUAGUUCAUUCAGCACCUUUAGUACACUCCGCUAAUGUAUUCCACGCUGAUUCCUUAUACCAUUCCCACGGUGCUGUUCCAGUAGUCAAGAGCUACGCUUCUGCUUAUGGUGACUUUAAAAACUAA